AUGCCACACACGGUGUCCCCUGAGACCGCCAUGCCGACAGUUGUCGCAAAGGGCCCCUCCGGCGUGCCCCCCACUACCGAAGAGAUUUCGUCCCUCCUCAACACUAUCUUCUCCGCCGAGUCCUCCCAGCAGUCCCUCGAUGGCGCAUAUGCGUUGACCAACCUUCUCAUUCAGAGCGUGGGAUGCGCAGGCCUCCUGAACUACGACAUUCUCGCCGAGACGAAGAAGGCUGCUGUUGAUAAGAAGAAUGGCGCCAAGCGUGAGAGUGCCAUGCUUAUCAUCGGCGCUCUGUUCGAGCGCUUCCCUCGCGAGUUCCCUCUCAGUGAAUACGUGUUCCUGAUGCACGAUGGCGGCAUCUUGAACAUUGCACUGGAUUCCCUGGCCGACAAGGGUGCUGUCGUACGCGAUGCGGCCCAGUACGCCAUCGACGCUCUCUUCGGGGCUCUCAGCCCCGAGGCUAUGGUCAACGCCCUGCUGCCCGCCCUGGAGAGCUACCUGAGCAAGGGCUCUGGUAAGUGGCAGGGCUUCGUUGGCGCUUACUCGCUUCUCGAGAAGAUGGCCGUCAAGGCGCAACUUGGCAACGGCACCAAGGAGGAGGAGCGUCAAAAGGACCUGCUGCGCGAUGCAAUGGGCAAGACCCUGAAGGAGCUCAUUCCUAUCGUCGAGUCCGGUAUGCAUGACUUGAAGAGUGAAGUGACCAAGCAGUCCUGCAAGACCAUGAACGCUCUCACCACCCUCUUAUCCAACGACGAUGUCGCCCCCCGUAUCCCGCUUCUGAUUAAGACCAUGGAGCAACCCUCUGCCCAGACACUCCAGAAGGCAAUCCACGCCCUCUCCCAGACUACUUUCGUCGCCAUUGUCACAUCCCCUGUGUUGGCCAUGCUCACCCCUCUUCUCGAGCGCUCCCUCAACACUCCCACCACUCCUCAAGAAACUCUGCGCCAGACCGUGGUCGUUGUGGAGAACCUGACAAAGCUGGUUCACGACCCCAUGGAGGCUCGUACUUUCCUUCCCAAGCUCCAGCCUGGUGUGAAGUCCGUCAAGGACCGUGCCUCUCUGCCCGAGGUCCGUGAAUUGUCGGCCCGCGCUCUCGACGUGAUCGAAAAGGCUAUGAGUGACAGCAAUGUCGCCACUGGUUCUAUCAUGAAGAUCACGCCUGAGGAGGUCCUGACUGUGUUGGACGCCAAGAUUCAGGAACACGGCGGCCUUGCUGGCUUUGGCGACGUGAAGCUGCAGGAGGCGGUCAAGUUCUUUGUUGCCGGCAUGAUCCGUGAGGACAUCAACUGCCGCAUGUACGACCGUAUCCCAGCCUGUACUGCCCCUUACCUCCGUGGUCUCAUGUCGGAGGAAAAGGCUACUGCCGUUGCUACUGCUGUGGAGGCCCACUACGUUGCCGAGGACGAGAUCAAAUACGGCAAGCCCGCUCCCGAAGACCCCAACGAGGUGGAGAUUGUCAAUGCCGACUUCUCUCUCGCUUACGGAGGUAUGCUACUGCUCUCUCAUACCAAGCUGCGCCUGCUCAAGGGUCACCGUUACGGUCUCUGCGGUCGCAACGGUGCUGGAAAAUCUACCCUGAUGCGCAGUAUCGCCAACGACAAGCUCGAGGGUUUCCCUCCUCAGGACCAAGUGCGCACUUGCUUUGUCGAGCACAACCAGGGUGAGGAUGCGGACCUCAGCAUUUUCGAGUAUGUGUCCAAGGAUCCCAAGAUUGCCUCUCAAGGCAAGGAGCACAUCGCCGAGGUUCUCCUCGAGUUCGGCUUCACCGAUGGCCCUGAGGGUCGCCAGUCCCAGCCUGUGGGCUCCUUGUCCGGUGGAUGGAAGAUGAAGUUGGCUCUGGCCCGUGCCAUGCUCCAGAAGGCCGAUGUCCUCCUCCUGGACGAACCGACUAACCACUUGGAUGUGGCCAACGUCAAAUGGUUGCAGGAGUAUCUCAAGAAGCACACCGACAUCACCAGUUUGAUCGUCAGUCACGACUCCGGCUUCCUGGAUGAAGUCUGCACAGACAUCUACCACUACGAGGGCAAGAAGCUCGUUUCCUACAAGGGUAACCUUGCCGACUUUGUCAAGGUCAAGCCCGAGGGAAAGAGUUACUACACCCUGUCUGCCUCCAAUACCCGUGCCAUUCUUCGCAUGAGCAACGUUUCUUUCACCUACCCCAAUGCCUCCAAGCCAUCUCUGCAUGAUGCCUCGUUGUCACUUACCCUCUCCUCGCGCGUGGCCAUCAUCGGAGGUAACGGUGCUGGAAAGUCCACCUUCAUCAAGAUCCUGACUGGUGAGACCAUUCCUCAGAGUGGCAAGGUCGAGAAGCACCCCAAUUUGCGUAUUGGUUACAUCAAGCAGCACGCUCUUGAGCACGUGGAGAUGCACUUGGAGAAGACCCCCAGCCAGUACCUCCAGUGGCGUUAUGCCAACGGCGAUGACCGUGAAGUGUUCCUCAAGCAGACACGUAUCUUGACUGAAGCCGACAAGGCUCAGCUCGAGAAGCACGUUGACUUGGGUGACGGUCGCGGUCCCCGCCGUAUCGAAGCCUUGAUUGGUCGCCAGAAAUGGAAGAAAUCCUUCCAGUAUGAGGUGAAAUGGGUUGGUCUCCUUCCCAAGAACAACACCAUGAUCUCACGUGAGACCCUGCUGGAGCUCGGCUUCUUCAAGAUGGUCCAGGAGUUCGAUGAUCACGAGGCUUCGCGUGAAGGUCUCGGUUUCCGUGUCCUUGACCCCAAGACCAUCUCCAAGCACUUCGAGGAUAUUGGCAUGGACCCCGAGAUCGCCAACCACAACGAGAUCUCCGGUUUGUCCGGUGGUCAGAAGGUCAAGGUCGUGCUGGCCGGCGCCAUGUGGAACAACCCCCAUCUGCUGGUCCUGGACGAGCCCACUAACUUCUUGGACCGUGACUCCCUGGGUGGUUUGGCUGUGGCCAUCCGUGACUUCAAGGGUGGUGUGGUUAUGAUUUCUCACAACGAAGAGUUCGUGGGCGCCCUUUGCCCUGAGCAGUUGCACAUUGCCGACGGACGUGUCGUCAGCCGUACCAACAACGCCGUCAGCCUAGACCGCUUCGAGGACAGCGCUCCCAACACGCCAUCUGCCCCUGGCACCCCUGCCACUGGCUCAGCUACCACCAGCGCUGCCCCAUCUGCCGUCAACUCUGGAGAUGAAGGCGAACUCAAGUUCCGCGCUAAGAAGAAGAAGAAGAUGACCCGUGCCCAGCUCAAGGACCGUGAGGCCCGCCGCCGCCUUCGUCACAUCGAAUGGUUGAACUCCCCAAGGGCACCCCCAAGCCCCAGGAUACCGACGAUGAGGCCUAAUCACGCCUCUCAGAGCAUUAUUUAUCGUUAUCGCAAGGGGAUGGCUGGUUCCAGCCAUUUCAUUGCAUCAUGA